UUGGAUACAUGCAGAAAAGAGCAUUGCUGCGAGCAAACCAUCGGUCCAGAUUGGUACCCGACUCGACUACUCGACGUUGCCGAUGAGCCGAUAAAGCUCGUGAUAACAAAAGACGAGCCAGAGAUCGCAGGUCCCUAUGCUACUUUGAGCCAUUGUUGGGGAGACCAAGAGUUUCUCGUGCUUGAAAGCAACUCCAUAUCUGGUUUUCUAGCUGGAAUACCAUCGAACAAACUGCCUCGUAGCUUUCGGGAGACUAUUACAACUAUCCGCGCUCUUGGAAUACGCUAUCUGUGGAUCGACAGCUAUUGCAUCCUUCAGGGGUCUGAGUCUGACAAAGCUGCCCACGACGACUGGAUCCAGGAAGCUGGCCGUAUGGAGGAGGUAUACUCCCAUAGCUGUCUAAACAUUGGGUCUGCACAUGCAAACAAUCCGUAUAACGGGCUCUUCCACCACAGAAAACUGUAUGACGAAGAGACAAUGUUCCUUACAUGGCAGCCAACGAAAACUUCCCCUGUGAAGCGCUACGCUAUGAUAAUGGAUCGGUAUGAACUAUGCGAUAGUCUAAGCCGCGGAGGCUCCGGAGCCCUAAGCGAAAGUACGUUGCUAAAGCGAGGUUGGGUUGUUCAAGAAAUGAUUCUGAGCCAGAGGAUGCUGUCUUUCACAGACAGACAGAUACUUUGGCAUUGUGGGGAGAUGGCCGCUUGUGAGGACUUUCCC